UUUGCACUUCCCAUAAGUUAUAAUGAAUUUUUCCUCCUUUUAUCUCAUACCAAUAUGAGUCAUCCUGUAUAUUAACUAAUGAUGGAUUCUUGCUGUCUCAAUUACAGUUUACUUUGCUAGUCAUCUUUGAUCCCUUUGUGAUGUUCCAUCUCCGCCAUAUUAUUUGAUUAUAAUGCAUCUGACUCCCAUCUUGACUGAGAUUGAGUUGAUGAGAUUAUAAUGAGAUUUCCUGUUAUUAUUCCUUUUGCAACUUCCAUACAGAAAGCUAGGUGUUUUAAUUAUGUCUAGCUAACAAAGCCUUCAAAUUUUUUCCUUUCAAGCUGAGCCAGGUUUUACUGCAAAGUUAGAAGGCAAGAUAAAAGUCUUUGUUUCUAGGUACAGAAUGAUUUGAUGAGGGGGAAAUAUAAUGUUGCAGUGCCUAGAAGUUUUCAAGCAUUCACUCGGCAUCUUGUUAAAGUGCUGUGAUCUUGAUCUGUGCAAUCAACCAAAGGGACUUGAAGACCCUGAGGUUUUAGCCAGGGAAACUGUUUUUAGUGUAAGUGAGAUAGAAGCACUAUACGAGCUAUUCAAAAAGAUCAGCAGUGCUGUAAUUGAUGACGGCUUGAUCAACAAGGAAGAGUUUCAAUUGGCUUUGUUCAAGACUAACAAGAAGGAGAGCUUAUUUGCUGAUCGGGUGUUUGAUUUGUUUGACACAAAACACAAUGGAAUUUUGGGAUUUGAAGAGUUUGCUCGUGCUCUUUCUGUAUUCCAUCCGAAUGCUCCAAUCGAUGAUAAGAUUGAGUUCUCAUUCCAACUAUAUGAUCUGAAGCAGCAAGGAUUUAUUGAAAGACAAGAGGUUAAGCAAAUGGUCGUGGCUACUCUUGCUGAGUCAGGCAUGAAUUUGUCAGAUGAAGUUAUCGAGAGUAUCAUUGAUAAGACAUUUGAGGAAGCUGAUACAAAACAUGAUGGAAGAAUUGAUAAGGAAGAGUGGCGCAGUCUUGUCUUGAGGCAUCCUUCUUUGUUGAAGAACAUGACCCUUCAAUACCUCAAGGACAUUACAACUACCUUCCCGAGUUUUGUCUUUCAUUCACAGGUUGAUGAUACCUGAGUCUGAUUUUGUUACGACUUGAUUUUCCAUGACAUGCCAAGUUUGUGGAUGGUUAAUUCACUAUGGUGAAUGUUAUGAAGAAUAAAUAGUAAAUUGGCAACUAGCACUUGCUUUUACUUCUUUGUUUUGCUUAUAAUUUAUUAAAUUCUUUACCCAAGGCAUGUAAUAUGUGAAGGAAAGUACCGAGUUUGUGGAUUGUGAAAUUUGUGUUGCCCAGCAAUGUGAAGAAAACAGAAAGAUAUGUGUGGUCUUACUUAAAAGAAUA